AUGGCGACGGCGACCUCCUCCUCUGUCGUGAUGAGCCGCUUCGUCAAGCUCGACGUCAUCGCCUCGGGCGGCUGCGGCGUCGUGUACCGCGCGCGCGACCGCCGCUCCGGCGAGACCGUCGCCAUGAAGUGCAUCCGCGCGUACCGGGGCGACGACGGGGAGCUCGUCGACCGCUCCGACCUCGGCCGCGAGGUCGCCGCCAUGGAGGCCUGCAGGGGCCACCCGUACGUCGUGCAGCCGCGCGCGCACGGCCGCGGCGGCGGCGACGACGGCGAGGCCGUGCUCGUCAUGGAGUUCGUGGGGCCGACGCUGCGGCACGUCCUGAGGCGCGAGCGCGGCGGGAGGGCAGGCCGGUCGGAGCUCGAGGUCCGCCUCGCCAUGCGGCAGCUCCUGUCCGGCGCCAAGAGGAUCCACGACGCCGGCCUCAUGCACCGCGACCUCAAGCCGGACAACGUGCUCGUCGACAGCCGCGGGAACCUCAAGAUCUGCGACCUCGGGCUGUCCCAGAGCACCGCCGCGCCGCCGCCGUACUCCAACCCGAUCGGCACACGGUGGUACUGCGCGCCGGAGAUCCUCCUCGGCUCGACGGACUACGACGACCGCGUCGACUCGUGGUCGCUCGGCUGCAUCAUGGCCGAGCUGCUCACCCGGAAGCCACUCUUCCGCGGGAGCUCAGACAGGGAGCAGCUCGGCGAGAUCCUCGACGUCCUUGGCGUCAACGACAUUAAGCAGUGGCGAGGCUACAAGGGGCAGCGGCUGCCCGGAGGCUGCGGGCCGAACAGCUUCCUCCGAUGCUUCUUCCCAUGUCCGGCGGAGGCCAGGAUGCUCGGCCGGCCGGCGCUGUCGGAGGCCGGCUUCGAGGUGUUGAGCGGGCUUCUGACGUGCAACCCGGAGAGGAGGAUGACGGUGGAGCAAGCGCUCCGGCACCGGUGGUUCAAGGAGCCGGACAGUGCCAGCCUGCGACAUCGCCCGUAG